AUGGUGCUAGAACUCCAUGUUUGGGGGCCGGCAUUCUCCCUGCCGUCCAUCGAUGCGCAAUGUCUGGCGACCAUUGCCUAUCUGUCUCUCGCCCUACCCAAGGACGCGUGGGUGCUCGUCGCAAGUAGCGAUCCCUCGGUGUCUCCAACAAAUGAACUCCCUGCCCUUCGAAACGGCAACACCUGGGUCUCCCGCUUCCGCAACAUAGUCGACUAUCUCCGCCAAUACUCCGCGGGCGAUUGGGAUCUGGAUGCCGAAUUGGCCGGACUCGAUCGCGCGGACAGUAUCGCAUUCACCUCCUUCCUCGACACGCAAUUCCCCCCUCUCCUCGCCCUCUCCCUCUACGUCACCAGCCAGAACUACUACAACUCCGUCCUCCCCGCCUACUCCUCGCAGAUCCUCACCUGGCCCUCGACCUGGCUCAUCCCCCCGCAGAUCCGCGCCGCCGCCAAGCGCGCCUCCGACCACCUCGGCCUCUCGUCGCUGGACCUGGUCGCCCUGGAGGAGGACCGCAAGCGCGAACACUCGGCCGCCGUCGCCGCGGGGCGCCUCCCGGCCUCCCUCCCGCUCCCCAAAGCCGCCCCCACGAUCACCUCGGGCCUGGCCACGACCCACCGCUUCCGCAUGGAGGCGGUCACAGCGGCGGCCUUCGAGCCCCUCGCGGCGAUGCUGCAGCCGGCCCAGAAGAACUACCUGCUCGGCGGGGACCGCCCCACGAGCGUCGACUGUCUCCUGCUCGGGUACGCGAGCCUCGCGGCGCUGGGGCCGGAGAGUCUGCAGGAGGCGUGGCUCGGGGAGGCGCUGCGGCAGAAGGCGCCGCGGGUGGUGGAGUGGGUGCGGCGCAUGCAGCGCGAGGCCGGGCUGGCCAGCCUACCGUGGCGGAAGCCCGAGCGACCCCGCUGGGUCACGGUGGGCAACACCCUGUGGAACACGGUGGCGGACGCGACGCCCAUCUGGCGGGAUAUCCGCGCCAACACCCGCAUGCGCGAGAUCGCGCACUCCCAGGAGGCGGAUCUGUCCGGGGAGGAGCGCACCGCGUUGGCCGAGUAUGUCACGGGGUAUAAGAAGGAUGUCUGGUUGUCGGUGGCGGUGGUCGUGGGCGGGGUCGCGGCGCUGGUGGGUUAUAUGGCGCAUGUGGGGUUGUUGGGCGGUGGGGAAGGGGAUGAGGAAUUUGAGGAGGAGGACGAAGACGAGGAGGUGGAGGUGGUGCAGCCUGAGUUGCCGUUUGGUUGGUCGAUCUAG